AUGUCGAAGAUUGGGCAGAGAGGAAUUCACUACUUCCAGAGACUCAAUUCUGCAAGCGUUCCUGCUUCUUUGAUCGAGAAAGGCCAAAACCGUGUCAUUGAUGCUUCCUUAACCCUCAUUCGUGAAAGGGCAAAACUCAAAGGAGAGCUUGUGCGUCUCUUAGGAGGAGCCAAAGCUUCAACCUCUCUUCUUGGUGUACCUCUUGGUCACAACUCUUCUUUCCUUCAAGGCCCUGCUUUUGCUCCUCCUCGUAUUAGAGAGGCUAUUUGGUGUGGUAGUACAAACUCUUCCACUGAAGAAGGGAAGGAGCUAAAGGAUCCACGGGUUCUAACUGAUGUUGGGGAUGUUCCAGUACAAGAGAUUAGAGAUUGUGGGGUUGAUGAUGAUAGACUGAUGAAUGUAAUAAGUGAAUCUGUGAAGCUGGUGAUGGAAGAGGAACCGUUGCGCCCACUAGUCUUAGGUGGAGACCAUUCGAUAUCUUAUCCUGUUGUGAGAGCGGUUUCUGAGAAGCUUGGAGGACCUGUCGACAUUCUUCAUUUUGAUGCACAUCCAGAUAUAUAUAACUGUUUCGAAGGAAACAAGUACUCUCAUGCAUCUUCCUUUGCUCGUAUCAUGGAAGGUGGCUAUGCCCGGCGACUUUUACAGGUUGGGAUCAGAUCGAUAAACCAGGAAGGACGAGAACAGGGCAAGAGAUUUGGAGUAGAACAGUAUGAGAUGCGAACCUUCUCAAGAGAUCGCCAAAUUUUGGAAAAUCUGAAACUAGGGGAAGGAGUGAAGGGUGUGUACAUCUCUAUCGACGUUGACUGUCUUGAUCCGGCAUUUGCACCUGGAGUGUCACACAUUGAACCAGGUGGUCUCUCUUUCCGAGACGUCCUUAACAUUUUAAACAACCUUCAGGGAGACGUGGUCGGGGCUGAUGUUGUCGAGUUCAACCCGCAACGUGAUACUGUUGACGGCAUGACAGCAAUGGUCGCGGCUAAGCUUGUUAGAGAACUAGCUGCAAAAAUCUCGAAAUGA